AUGAUCGUCAAUUUGCAACACUCCGACAAAUCAUCGGUUCGUCGUCACAACUUGAACCACUUCAAGCUUCGAGCAACGCUGGUGAUAAUUAACAACGAAACUAUAAAUCACUUGGAAGACUACCGCGAGAAGCACAUAGAUACGAUCACCAAGCAGAACUACUUCCUGACGAAAUACUUGGCCCAAGACCUGAACGCAACCCUCCAGUUCAGGUACGUCAACACGUGGGGCUACCGUGACCCGAAAACCGAUCGAUUCAGUGGAAUGAUCGGUGAGUUACAAAGCGACGCAGCGGAUCUAGGCGGGACUGCGCUCUUUAUAACGACCGAUCGUAUCAAGGAGAUCGAUUACCUCUCGAUGACCACUCCAACUCGGGCCAAGUUUAUUUUUCGAUCACCCAAUCUUUCCGUCACGGAUAACGUGUUCCUGAUGCCGUUUAACGGGUCCGUUUGGCUAUGCAUCAUCAGUUUCAUCAUCCUAUCCGGCAUUCUUCUGUUGAUCAUCAUGAAGGUAGAGCUUCAAUGCACCAACGUUCGCUACGGCAGCGGUGUUCGUCCGAAUUUGAUGGACGCUGUGAUGAACAUGUUCGGGACUUCGUGCCAGCAGGGAUCGUACCUGGAACCGAAGUCUCUUCCGUCGAAAUGUCUGAUCCUGCUGAGUUUGAUCAUUUUGAUGUUCCUGUACGCUAGCUAUUCGGCCAACAUUGUGGCGCUGAUUCAGUCGCCGUCGCACAAGAUCCGGACGGUGGAGGAACUGCUGAACUCGAGGUUGGUGACGGGAGUCCACGAUACCGUGUACAAUAGGUAUUACUUCAUGCACGGCACGGAGCCCGUUAGGAAGGCGAUCAAUGAAGGCAAGAUACGUUUUGUUCCACUGGAGAAAGGCAUGGAGAGGGUUCGGCAGGGUUUGUAUGCUUUUCAUGGGGAGUUGGGCGUUUGCUAUAAGAUCAUCAGCGAGACGUUCCAGGAGGACGAAAAGUGUGGUCUUCAAGAAAUUAACUUCCUGAACAUGGUCGAUCCGUACUACGCAGUGCAGAAGAAUUCCUCAUUCCGGGAGCUGGUUCGGCUCAGUUUGUUCAGGUUGCGUGAAUUCGGCAUCCAGGGUCGGGAACAUACGAUGCUCUACUCCCGGAAGCCGCCUUGUAACGGCGGAAGCAGUUUCAUUCCCGUUUCGAUCGUCGACAUUUGGCCUGCACUUACCUUGCUGGGCUGGGGCUUCGGCAUUGCCUUUGGAUUGUUGGUGGGCGAGAAGGGUUUUACACGCUUUCGAAAACGGAACCGGUUUAGCGUGUACAAUGGGACUUUCUUCAAACGGUCGCUUAACUAGGUGCGUACACUUAAAUUGGUUCUUAU